AUGGCAUCUCAUGGUCUCGGAGACGAUCAGGCUCAUGUCUACUACGGUAGCGCUCAUUCAUCUCACUCAAGCCGGCGCCGAUCUAGAAGGCCGCGAGAUGAGCCAGACCGUAUGGUUGGAAAACUUGGGAGGCUACAAAAUGAAGAUUCCACCGUUCCAUGGCCGGAACAAUCCAGACGAGUACAUGGACUGGGAAAAGAAGUGCGAGUUCAAUUUCAACUUGCACAACAUCAUUGGCGCAACCGUGUCAAGCUAGCCGUGUCGAGUUCAACGAUUAUGCGUAGAUGGUGGGAGCAAAUCAUUUUGGCUCGCGAGAUUGGUGGUGCCUUUGAGAUUACCACUUGGGAAGAAAUGAAGCGCAUCAUGAGGCAACGAUUUGUCCCUGGCCAUUACCAACGUGAGCUACACUCUAAGCUCAGGAAGCUUACUCAGGCUCCAAGACUGUGGAAGAGUAUAUCAAGAGAUGGAGGUAUGCUCUUGCGCGCCAAUGUGAUUGAAGACCGCGAGGCCACUAUGUCUCGAUUCCUUGGAGGCUUGAACCCUCCACUCGAAUACAAGCCGCGCCGACCAACCUUCACCGCGACCAAGUCCUUUCGCGCCCAAGUCAGAAACAAACCUCUGGCUACUAAUCAAGACAGGAGCCGGACUGAGCGCACUCCACCAGCCAGAACCCGUGAUCUCAAGUGCUUUAGGUGUCAAGGGUUUGGGCAUUAUGCCUCUGAUUGCUUGAACAAGAAAGUGAUGAUCAUCCGCGACAAUGGAGAGAUUGAGUCCGAGGAGGAUCCAGAGCCGGAGAAACCAGAGAAAGAAGAAGAACCUGAGGAGUAUGAGGCCGUGCCUGUCCAAGGCAAACUUCUGGUGGCCAGGUGUCUUGAGUACUCAAGUCAGACUGAUAAGAUGAGCAGCGCGAGAACCUCUUUCACACUCGUGCUUAGUCCAAGAUAA